GGAUGAAUGAUGGAUGUGUCCAUGUCUGGAUGUCUUCUGAUCUCUGUGUGUCUCCUCUGUCCUUCAGGAAGGAGACAUGUGGUCGUCGGUUAACUGCACCCUCUGCGCUUGCGUCAAAGGAAGCAUCGAGUGUCGGCUCAAACACUGUGUACCAAUCACCAGCUGCCCCUCGAAUAAGAUCCUGAACAGGACCGGCUGCUGUCCGGUUUGCACUGAAAAGCCGGGGGUGUGCACGGUGUUUGGCGACCCUCACUACAACACCUUCGACGGCAGGACCUUUAACUUUCAGGGAACCUGUCAGUACGUGCUGACUCGUGAUUGCGGCGCCGUCCCGUCCGGAGGACCGGGAAACAACGUCAACGGCCCAGACUCCAGCUUCAUGGUGUUGGUGAAGAACGACGCCCGGCGCACUCGUUCCUUCUCCUGGACUCAGUCCGUUGAGGUGAGACUCGGAGGUUUGAUCCUCGGCCUCCACCAGCACCUGACGGUCCGGAGGAACGGGACCCGCAUCGCCCUGCCCUACCACGGCCCCGGGGUGCACAUCGACCUGGACGGGUACCUGCUCAAACUCACCACCAUCGCAGGUCUGGAGAUCACGUGGGACGGCGACAGUUUCGUGGAGGUGGUGGCUGCCCCGCACCUGCGCGGACGCCUCUGCGGACUGUGCGGCAACUACAACGGCCACAAGCGCGACGACACCAUGGGAGGCGACGGCCAGUUCAAGUUCGACGUGGACGAGUUCGCCGAGUCGUGGCGCGUCGAGGGAAACGAGGUUUGCUCCCAGCAGCCUCCGCCCCGCCGCCCGACCUCCUUCCUGUGUCCCGGCAGCGUCAAAGUCAAGUUCCGCGCCCACCGGGAGUGCCACAAGAUCAAGUUGUGGGAGUUUCAGAAGUGCCACCGUGUGGUUGACUUCGCCCCCUUCUACAGGUCGUGUGUGACGGACAUGUGCGAGUGUCCGGUCCAUAAAAACUGCUACUGUGAGUCCUUCAUCGCCUACAGCCGAGCCUGCGAGAGGGAGGGAGCGCCCGUCCUCUGGAAGGCCGACACCGCCUGUAUGGCGACCCAGUGUAAACACGGCGCCGUGUACGACACCUGCGGACCGGGCUGCACCAUAACCUGCGACAACUGGAACGAGAUCGGACCGUGCCACAAGCCCUGCGUGGCCGGCUGCCACUGCCCCGCCAACCUGGUGCUGUUCCAGGGACGCUGCAUCAAACCCACAGCCUGCCCCGGCCGGUGACCCUUGUGACGUCGGGGGGGGGGGGGGAGGUAGGGGACGGUCGGUUAUAGUAUCACAAUCAGGGGGGCCAAACAAGGACACCACAGGGUCUGGGGUCGACAGAUCACAUGCGAUAAGGUACUCAGGGUCCAGAUCUAUCUGACUUAGACGUUUGAGCCGCACGUUACGGCGAUGGACCGAAAAACUCACCGAACGGGAGGCUGAUCCUCGCCAACUUAACGCGUGCUGUCGCGAUACCAGUCGCCGCCACCGGAGGCGCUAAUUCCAGUCUUGUAGAGGAAGAACUGAACUCCCAAGAAGAAACUCAGGUGGCCCCAUAUUUGGAGAUUUUUUCGUCUCCACCUUCUGAGGACCCCGUUGCUCUGGACCCUCAGGAAGCUAGUUGUCCCGGUGGACUCCUGCUCGAGCCAACAUGGCGCCAAACAUUUCUCUCACAAAUUAACUCUUUAAGCGGGAAAAUGAGCUUCUGCAUUUUGGAAUAAAGGAGAUCAAAAGCGGAGAAACUGUUUUGAUGCUUCACGUGAUCUCUGUUCCAUCAUUUCAUUCUGUAAGCUAGACAGAUUUAUGUUAUUAUUGUUCUAAUUAUUAUUAUUAUUAUUAUUAUUUGUUGUUGAUGUUUGUUAAUUUAUAUAUCGGUCAAAUGACGUGUCGUAGCAAGAGCCAGAAUCAUGAACAGAGUUGCGUUAUAAAUGAUUUAAAGGGAAACAAAAGCUAUUUAUGUAUUUGUUGUGUACUUUUGUGUUACUGUUUGAAGAGAAAUGCCCAAAUGUGAUUCAGUUGUUGCACCAUCGCAGGGAAAAAGUACUGUAUUGUAAAAUGCUGCGUGUACAGGUUGUCGUGGUUCGUAUCAAACUGAAGGUGUUCAUCUAAGCAUAUGUUUCACUCGACGAUAGUUAUUUAAGACCAGCAAUAUAAUCUUUUAUCGAAGUUCACUUCUGACUGCUGUCUUUACUUUCCUCAGUGUUUUAAACUAUCAGGAUUUGUAGGAGGAGACCCGGAGGUUGAUGGUUCAGAUCCCCGAAGGAGCCGGAGACUUCUGGAGCUGGAAGACUGAAGGAGUUCUUUUCAUUUGAUGAAGAGAAAA